GCAUACCCUCCCUCUUUCUGCUAUUGUGUGGCAUCAUUGCAAAGCGAAACACCACCGCCUAUUUUCUCUCUUUCUAAUUUCGCCUCUUUUUUUUUUUUUUAAUUUUCUCUCUCGCUCGUUUACGAAGCAUCGCCGCCGUGAAUAACUUCAUCCAUGAAGACGCCGUGGUCGGAGACGAAGAGACCGUAGAAAAAACCGAGCUAAGACCAUCUUUCUCAAAUGCACGCAUAUAACCGCCUCUCAAGCAGCGGCCACAGCACGCCUUCCCCUCCUUCCAGCCCGCUACGGUCGCCGCGCCUCCGACGGGCGAAGACUGGAAAGUUCUCCCCGGGCCAUCCGCCCGGAGGCCGUGCCGCCACCCUUGCCCACCGUGUUGCUUGGCUUUUUCUAUCCCUUCUUCUCCGGCGCCAAGGCAUCUUCCUCUUCGCCCCUCUCUUAUAUAUAUCCGGUAUGCUCCUCUACAUGGGAACAGUCUCGUUCGAUAUCGUUCCGACUAUUAGUCAUCGUCCGGCUCCUGGCUCGGUGUAUCGAAGUCCCCAGGUUUAUGAGAAGCUCCGCCCUCAGAUGGAUGCGGACAAUUCCACUGCUGAUGCGAUAUCGACAGUAUGGAGAAACGCCUAUAGAGCUGGUGAGUGGAGACCAUGUGUGAACAAGUCAUCAGGAGUCCUACCCGAGUCAAACGGUUACAUAUUUAUUGAGGCGAAUGGUGGCUUGAAUCAGCAGAGGACAUCGAUAUGCAAUGCAGUUGCUGUGGCGGGCUAUCUUAACGCAACUCUUGUAAUCCCUAAUUUCCACUUCCAUAGCAUAUGGAGAGAUCCUAGUAAAUUCAGUGACAUCUAUGAUGAAGAUUACUUCAUCACCACUUUGGAAAAUGAUGUGCGGGUGGUUAACAGGGUUCCUGGAUACCUAAUGGAACGUUUUGAUCACAACUUGACCAAUGUUUUCAACUUCAGAGUCAAAGCCUGGUCAACCAUUCAGUUUUACAGGGAUGCUGUUCUCCCGAAGCUGCUAGAAGAGAAGGUUAUAAGGAUCUCUCCUUUUGCAAAUCGAUUGUCAUUUGACGCUCCUCAUGCUGUACAGCGACUUAGAUGCUUGGCAAACUAUGAAGCGCUGAGGUUUUCAACUCCAAUAUUAUCUCUAGGAGAAUCUUUAGUUUCCAGAAUGAAAGAACGAAGUGCAAAGAAUAGUGGCAAAUACAUUUCUGUUCAUCUUCGCUUUGAAGAGGACAUGGUUGCUUUCUCUUGCUGUGUAUUUGAUGGUGGAGAAAAAGAAAAAGAAGAAAUGAAAGCAGCAAGGGAAAGAGGUUGGAAAGGAAAAUUUACAAAACCUGGUCGGGUUAUACGUCCUGGAUCAAUCAGGACUAAUGGGAAAUGCCCCCUUACUCCUUUGGAGGUUGGUUUGAUGCUUAGGGGGAUGGGCUUUGAUAAGAAAACAUAUAUCUAUUUGGCCUCAGGAAAGAUAUACAAUGCAGAAAAAAAUAUGGCCCCACUAUUGGAGAUGUUUCCUCACUUGGAAACAAAGGAAACUUUGGCAUCUGAGGAUGAACUUGCUCCAUUCAAGAACUUCUCCUCAAGGAUGGCUGCUAUAGACUAUACUGUUUGUCUUCACAGUGAGGUGUUUGUGACUACUCAAGGUGGAAACUUUCCUCAUUUUCUAUUGGGACAUAGGAGACACUUGUUUGGUGGGCAUUCGAAGACCAUCAAGCCAGACAAGCGAAAGUUAGCCUUACUAUUUCACAAUCCAAAUAUUGCAUGGAAGAACUUCAAGCGGCAAAUGCUGAGCAUACGGUCUCAUAGUGAUAGCAAGGGAUUUGAGCUGAAAAGGCCAAAUGACUCUAUGUACUCUUUUCCUUGUCCAGACUGCAUGUGUCCUAUUAAUAGAACGGAAGCUUCAAAAUCGUCUUCGGCGAGGUGAUUUAUUAAGAGGAAGAUUUUGGGGCGAUUUUGCAUGUGAUCUUGCGAGCUCAUCGUGCUGCUGACACCCAUUUUCAUGGGUUGUAAUUCUUUUAUUUUUUCCCCUUCCAUAUAUUGACUUGAGGGGGUGUAUAUUUCAAUUUUGGGAGCCUGAUUUUGAUGGAGGCGACAUUGAUAUGAUUACUUCCCAUAUGAUUGGAUUGCUGGGGAUACACAUCUUUUUUUGGUAUAUGACGCCAGAGAACACAGAAAGAAAGAUCGCAAGAGUUGCUGGACAUGGCCAUGGAUACUGACACUGACUAAGCGUUACUCUGCUGCAGCUGCUGUGUCUAACAGGCCGUGAGAUGAGACACCAUAUUCUUUUGCGGUGGUUUUACCACCAUAUUCUUUUGUGGGGUUUUUGCCAUAUUUGUAAAUUACUUGAGUUUAAUCCAAUUGUUAUACUAGAAACAAGAUGUUUCUUACACUGAAUAGAAAUCAGGGUAAAUUAUUCUUUCUGCCUAA